AUGCGCGGCUACACGUUCUACGCGAAGGUCUCGAGGGUUUUUCAGACAUACCCCUCAUUGUCUAAGCUUCUUGUUGUCUCUACCGUCGGUGGUGGUAGUCUACUGGCCUUCAGUGAUGACAGGCCAUUCCAAACAGUGUUGAAUGAUGCUGGUCAGAAACCUGAAUGUAAGAAGAAGAAGGUGGUGGUGCUCGGCACUGGUUGGGCUGCCACCAGUUUUUUGAAAAAUUUGAAAAGUGAUUCCUAUGAAGUUCAAGUCGUGUCACCCCGCAAUUAUUUUGCAUUCACUCCUUUGUUACCGAGUGUGACUAGUGGAACAGUAGAAGCACGCAGCGUUGUUGAGCCGAUUCGCAACAUUGUCAGGAAGAGAGGUUACCAAAUUGAUUUCAUGGAAGCUGAAUGUCUUAAGAUCGACGCAAGCAAGAAGAUACUUCACUGCAAGUCUGCUCAAGUCACCAAUUUAGGAGGCAAAGGAGAAUUCAUCAUGGAUUAUGAUAUCUUAAUCAUAGCUGUGGGAGCUCAAGUAAAUACAUUUAAUACCCCAGGUGUUUCAGAAUAUGCACACUUUCUCAAGGAAGUGGAAGAUGCUCAGAAGCUCCGCAACACAGUGAUUGACUGUUUUGAAAGGGCAAGUCUUCCUAGUGUGAGUGAUGAAGAGAGGAAGAGGAUCUUGCAUUUUGUUGUCGUUGGCGGUGGUCCAGUUGGUGUUGAGUUUGCUGCAGAGCUUCAUGACAUUGUAGUUCAGGAUAUAUCUAAAUUGUAUCCUUCAGUCAGUAACCUCGCAAAAAUUACACUUCUUGAAGCAGGCGAUCAUAUCUUAAACAUGUAUGACAAGAGGAUUUCUCAAUUUGCUGAAACAAAGUUCCAAAGAGACGGUAUCGAUCUGAAGACAGGUUCAAUGGUCACAAAAGUGUCGGAAAAGGAUGUUUCCACUAAAGAUAGAGCAACUGGCCAAUGUAGUACUCUCCCAUAUGGAUUGGUCGUCUGGUCAACUGGUAUUGCACCUCGUCCAGUCAUAUUGGACUUCAUGAAGCAAAUUGGACAGGGUAGCAGGCGCGUUUUAGCAACAGAUGAAUGGCUGAGAGUUGAAGGAUGCGAUAAUGUAUAUGCUCUGGGUGAUUGUGCUACCAUUAAUCAACGAAAAGUCAUGGAGGAUAUAUCGGCCAUUUUUGGCCAGGCCAAAACGAAUGAUACUGGUCAUUUGAAUAAACAAGAAUUCAGAGAAGUUAUAGGAGACAUCACAGAGAGGUACCCUCAAGUGGAGCUUUAUUUGAAGAAGAGCAAAGUGAAAAACAUGGUUGCUUUACUCGAUAACUAUGAAGGGGAAAUUGACAUUGAAAAAUUUGAGAAAGCUCUCUCAGAAGUGGAUACUCAGAUGAAAAAUCUUCCCGCAACAGCUCAGGUCGCUGCUCAACAAGGUGAGUACCUCGCGAAAUGUUUCAAUCGUAUGGAGAAGUGCGAAAUGUAUCCUGAAGGUCCUCGCAGGUUCCGAACAUCAGGCCAACAUCGUUUUCAUCCCUUCAGGUAUAAACAUUUUGGGCAAUUUGCUCCACUAGGAGGAGAACAAACUGCAGCUCAACUGCCGGGAGACUGGGUUUCAAUUGGUCAUAGCACCCAGUGGCUUUGGUAUUCAGUCUAUGCAAGCAAGCUAGUCAGCUGGCGCACUAGGAUGCUGGUGGUAUCUGACUGGUUUAGACGGUACACAUUUGGAAGGGACACCAGUCGAAUCUGAGACAAGUUUCCAUCUUAAGUUUUUCCUAUAUAUUUAGAUCUUGAUUCCUCU